UUUUAAGACUACAAUUCCCUUCGUGCCCGCUGCGGCGAUGGUUUAGCUCUGUGAGCCAUGCUUCCCGCCCCGGUCAUUGUUACUGGCGAGCGUAGACCGGGAGGGAAUGAGUGAGAACGAGGAGUGUGGGAACCAGACGAGCUCCGGGUGUCCCAGUUUAGAGCAGAUGCUUGCUUUGAGCCCUGGGAAGACCCCAAUCAGCUUACUGCAGGAGUAUGGGACUCGGAUAGGAAAGACCCCUGUAUAUGACUUACUGAAAGCCGAAGGACAAGCACACCAACCCAACUUCACAUUUCGCGUUUCUGUUGGAGACAUCAACUGCACUGGACAAGGACCCAGCAAAAAGUCAGCAAAACACAAGGCAGCAGAAGAAGCCAUGACUCUUCUCAGAGGAGAACACAUGUUGGGAGAUGCCAGUGAGGAAAACACUGCAAUGUUCUCUCCUGAAUCCCCUUCGGAGAAGAAUGAAAUAACAGAUGUAUGUCCCUCACCUUUAUCAAACAGGAACGACACAAUUGAACUAAAACCCCCGCUCUCUGCACAGCAGUCAGAAUGUAACCCAGUGGGAGCUUUACAGGAGCUUGUGGUGCAGAAGGGUUGGAGGCUGCCUGAAUAUACAGUGACUCAAGAGUCUGGUCCAGCGCACAGGAAGGAAUUCACCAUGACGUGCCGUGUUGAGAAGUUCCUGGAAAUUGGCAGCGGAACGUCCAAGAAGCUGGCCAAAAGAAAUGCAGCUGCGAAAAUGCUUUUCCAAAUUCAUAGGGUCCCCACAGAGCAUCGUGAUACAGGAGAGACGGAGCCUGAAGAGGAUCAAUUCUGCAUGACCACAGGUGGUGGUAAGCUGGAUGGAGGCAAAGGUCGAGGUGUAACAUGCACCUGGGAUUCCUUGCGGAACUCAACUGGAGAGAAGAUUGUACACCUGAAGACCAACCCGCUGAGCACCCCCAACACUAGUUUCUGCACUUUCCUACAAGAACUUGCAGAGGAGCAGAACUUUCAAAUUAGCUAUUUUGAUCUUGGUGAACGCAGCUUAAGCGGAAAGUGUCAGUGUUUUGUGGAACUUUCUACUCAGCCCAUAACUGUGUGCCAUGGAUCUGCCCCUUCUCGCGACGAGUCUCACGCAAACGCUGCUAAAAACGCAUUGGAGUACCUGAAGCUCAUGGCAGGCCAGAAGUGAGUCAGGUUGGGGAGGCAUAUUAGUACCUGCCUCCCCAUUCCCUUGUAAUUUAUCUCACAGCUAAAUUUCCUUAUUUCAGUUAUGUGAAGACUGCACCAGCCUGUCAUUCCUAAAAUCUCAUCCCACAGCAUGGUAUUAAGGAACAGGCCAGCAGGUCUCCAGCUCCUGCAAACCAAAGGGCCGCACGCUCUGCUACAGCUGAAAAGAAUCUGGGCUGGUAUCCCUGUAUCACUACCACUACUGAACUUGUAAAGCAGCAAUUAUUUGGCAUUCGGUUUUGUUGUUUUUUUUUCCAUUUGCUCACUCCUAAAUCAUUGUGUUAAUGCGAAUACUGGAAAGGAGGUGCUUUCCUAUAUUGACUUCAAGCAAAAUUUUAAUUUAUCGAAUCUCAGGAACCUUACAAGGCAACAUUUCAACAAGCACGUAUAUUCAUACUUGCACUAAAACCCUGGUCAGCCAUUGUGAUGAAAGCAUGGUCUGUUUACAAAAGGAGAAUUGCAACAGUGUACAAUGCAUUAGGAACACAUUGGGCAGUCAAGGCUUGUCCAUAGGGACACUUUGAGCAGCGCCCCUCCAGAUAAUUGUUGUAAUAAUAAUAAUAAAAUCUCUUGCCAGUGGUAAAAAGCGUGAAUUACUGACCUUGUUUCCCUUUGGGAAAAGUUAACUUGCAAAUUUCCAUUAUAAAUAGUAAACAUACAAUACUGCAGUGCUUUGAUGUCCCUCCCCCUUCCUCCACCAAAGCAUAAACGGACUCAUUGAUUAUAAAGGAUGGCUGUAUGGAUAUGCUAUUGAGGGUAACUGGGAGAAUUUAAGAUGAUUU